AUGGUGGGCCAGUGCGACGAGCUCUGGGGUGUCUCCAAGGAGAAGUGCGUGCUAACCUGUGUGCAGGACUGCAAGUGCACUGGCUUCGACUACGGCUUCGACGCCUCCCGCGCCCGUUGCCGAAUCUGCUCGUCCACUAUCGUCGGCACCGAGGCGAGCAUCCUCGACGCCGCCGUGUGCUACGAUCGGACGGCGGGGUGCCUGGACCUGCCCUAG